GGCGGAGUAAAUAGCCAGUGUGCUGUAAGAGAUAACCUGGCGAGUGGCAGCGGCGCUUUUCCCGUGCUGUGGCUCGCUCACGCUUUGGUACUGGAGGCCAAGACUGUUUUGGCGACGGCGACCUCUGCGGCGACGGCUGAGGCUUUCGGAGGAGUGACGGAGUACGGUCUGGAGGAAGGGCUUCUGGUCAGCCCAGCAUAUCUAAUCAUCUUUUGGAACAGAAUUAUAUGAGACAUAUUUUGAGGAAUGAUGAAUUAAAAUGUACUUUAACAAACCAAGAUUUAUCAGUCGUCUCCAUGUGCAUUGCAAAACAACCUGUAUAAUUUUAUAGGAAAGAAGGAGAGAUAUUGAGGAGAAAGAAUACAUCCUAGUCAACUUAUUGUCAUCUUGAUUCUAUCAUAAUGAAUGGAUCCAGUGUAGCCAAUACAUCACCUAAUGUAAAAUCCAAAGAGGACCAAGGAUUAAAUGGGCACGAUGAGAAGGAAAACCCAUUUGCAGAGUACAUGUGGAUGGAGAAUGAAGAAGAUUUCAACAGACAGGUGGAGGAGGAGCUGCAGGAGCAAGACUUCUUAGACCGCUGUUUCCAGGAGAUGCUGGAUGAAGAAGACCAAGACUGGUUUAUCCCCUCACGAGACCUGCCUCCGGCUAUGGGACAGUUGCAGCAGCAGUUAAAUGGACUGUCAGUCAGCGAUGGCCAUGAUUCCGAAGACAUUUUGAGCAAAAGUAACCUGAACCCGGAUGCCAAGGAAUUUAUUCCGGGAGUGAAGUACUGAACUGACAGAAAGCUUUGAGGAGAACUUGUAUGUCCCCACAUCUGGGGACAGUGCUGCACAAAGAGGCAGAGCUGAAGAGGGGGGUGGGGUGGGCGAGGGGUGCACAGUGGGGAAGGGGGACAGUGGUUUAACUUGACACUGUGAGUGGAGUAACUAAUGUGCUCAGUCUUACUCUACAAGCCUCCGAGUCUUUCUCUUUUGUUCUACAGACUUUGGUUUGGGGCAGUUUCCUAUUAUUAUUAUUAUUACUAGUUUUUUGAGUUAAGGAAAUUGCAAUCUUUUUUCCCCUUUAUCAGGAAUGUUCUGCUGUGUGUGUUUAAACAAAAUAAGCUGACCAAGAAAAUCUGGGUGUUUAAGAAUGCCCUUCUCACCCUGCUGUACACUUACCAAGGGCAGUGAACACCUAGAGAACUACUUAUCGAGUCCGUUAAGCUGGAUGAGAAGAGGGACGAGUGGAAGAAGCAGGUGUUGCAAAUCAGAGUUCUCGGCCCAGCUCCCUUGACUCCCAGGGCUUUCCUGCAAUGAACCGGAUUACCGUGGCCUGCCAAGCCCAUGUCUCCUUGCCUGGAACCCCAUUCAAGAAAACACAGAUUUAAAGUACUGGGUUAUGGUAACUCUUGUGAUGGCUAAUGGAGGUUGUAAACCAGCAGGGGAGGGCUGCGACAGUGACUGUCCCUUGGGUCGCUUGGGUCACUCAGUCACUGCUGACCUGUUCUUAAGCCUCUGCUUAGGGCCAUCACCGAACUCAUUAUCCAUUAUUUACAAGGUAAAAGAGCUCUAGGAUGGGUUUGUCACUUCGACUCUCAUGGCAUCUAGUCCCCUAUCUCCUUUCCGCCCCAACCCUACUCUGUUUUUAAGGAAAGAUACUGUUACCAAAGGUGAAGCAGAGGCAUGCUGUGCGGGCCAUCAGCUUCCGCCUGGAGAAGUCAACCUUGAAUCCUGUUAGUUGUGUCUUAAGAGUAUUUUGACAAUUUUUUGCCAGCCCUGUGAAGACUUGGUCCUCCUGAUAUCUUCCCUUAUUAGUAAAUUAUUCCCAAUAAUUUUGCCCAAGUAAACAUAUUUUUCUGGACACCAGCAAGAAGCUCCAUUCACAAUUUGGAUGCUUCUCCCCACCUUACAGAAUUAUACAAAAGAACUCAAAAAAAGCCUGGGAGAAUGAGUCUUGGUUGACCCAUGUGACCAUGUGACCCACUGGUACAGUUUCAGCAAUUAUAAAGUUUUGCUGUUCCCCGACCCCCAGCUUUGCAAGUUUUCUAGGUUGGGCUCUUCGGGUAUGUUCCUUUUGUCUUUCCCGACUAUAAGUCACAGGGGUUUUGGCUGAUACUCAUAAGGAAUUAAAAUGGGCACCAGAAGCUGCCUUUGUGUGAUAAAGAUGUAGAUGGCAGAGUUAGGUCUAAAAGAGAACAUGUCUUAGUCCUGGCCGUUCUCCCAGGACAAGGAUUUGCAGAGGCCCGAGGGGGACAGUGGCUUCUGUGUGACUGCUACUGUGUUGUGCGACAGGCCUAUUAGGAAAAGGCCAUGUAACGAAAUAAAGUCUGUUAAAUUCAGUAUGUGGAUACGGGACAGAGGUUGGAAGGAAAGGACCAGCGUCUAGAAAGCUUAGGAAUCUCUCCCUUUUCUUAUGCGCUUCCUUGUUGACUUUUUGAACAGCUGCAGGCUAAUGUCAGUUUUAAAAUAUGAACCCACAUCUUUCCCUCAUUUGAGUCUAUAGGAUGGCAUUGUUUGAAGAAUGGCCCUUUUUGUUAGGUCAACGACAUAGGAGAGUAGCUUAAGGAGCUUGUACUGCCAGACAUGCAUGUUAAUUCCUGAAGCCUCUACCCUGAGAGAAUGGAACGCUUAACCCAUUUUCAGGGAGGCCUCUGAAUAAAGAAACUUCUUUAUUCCAGCUUCAGCUUUCAGCUGGGGUUGUUGCCUAUAAUAGGGAAAGGGCCUUGGAAGUGCAGGAAUAGAGGUGUGUCUGUGCUGGGACCCCUUUUCCUCCUUCAGUCUCCAUUAACUUAUCCAAGCUCAGAGUCCUGAAGGCUGUUGGAAAUAUGUUGAGACUGCAGAAAGAGCCGUUUUCUAGAGUGUGGGUGUCUCCAUCACAAAGAUAUAACGGAUUCUCGUGUGGCUCCCAAUCUGGAAAGUCCUAUAAGGAUCCAGGUGGAGCCAUUUCUUCAUUCUGAAGAAGGCUUGUUCUCCUGACCAGGAUAGGCUAAGAUACUAUGUGCGGUCCAAGUCCUGUCUGCUGUGGAGUUCCAUUUUGGAUGCCAGUCUUUAGCACGGGUUUCACGAGGCAGAUUUGGUCAGGACUAAGAGAGCUCCCUGCCACAUGAGCAGUGAAACCUGAGGGCUGGACUUUCCAGUCCUAUCCAGACACAAGAGUGUGCUGACUCCAGGAUCAGGAAGCAGCCAGCAAUGUGACUGGCCCCUUUCUUAACGAGUAAGCUCGCACUGCAGUUUCUUUCCGUAGCCUGGCUCUUUUCUCCAUUGUUCAGAUCUUGUGAGGCAGGAGCACAGUUGUCACCCAGAUCAUAGGCUCAGCUAGAGAGUUUGCCAGCUCCUUAGCAGAAAAAUUCAUGUGGGUCUCUUUGGACCUUCACUGGGAAAAGGCUGGGGGCCUCUGUCUCCAACUUUCGCCCUUUAUAACAAACAUUCUGACUGCGUACCAGCCGGGGCAUCUUUACCCUUUAAGGGCAAGGCUGGUAUUUCUAAGUGAUUCUUUUCAUGUUGAAUUUAAGCCACUACUGUGUUUAAACUUUUCCUAUUGGCAACUGAAGUUUGAGGAUUUGCAUAGAAAUACAAUAUGUAUUUUCAACAUGUGCCAAUUCUGGCAGGUCCCAGUGUUAGUUUAGUAGUGACUGAUUUCUGAGUCUUGUGAUUAUUGGACUCUAAAACUCCAAGAUGAAAAUGAUUUUAUCUCUUGCUCUUCAAGAGAAAAAAAACAAAUCGAGGAAGUGCCUUUUCAGUUUCUCCACGUCUUUGAACUGCAGCGGAAAACCUGACGGACACAGCCUAGGCCUAAGCACCUGCAGCUGCGGGUCCUUGGGCAUUCCUGACACAACAGCUGACUCUGGGGGUCACGUAUGGUCAAACCAAAACGGAUUGUAAGGAAAAGGCUGGAACUUUGCAGCACCUUUGGUUUUCAAAGUCAAAACAGCUGGGGUCUCUUUAAGAGGCUAACCAUGGCCUAAAAAAUGUUUUCAGUGAAAUACUAAGCAGCAUUUUUUAAAUUGUGUACUGUCCUAGUGUGAGUUUUGUCUUGAUUUUGGAGAGGCCAAGAAGUAAGGAGGUCACUAAAAUAGUCUGGCAAUUAUAGAUGUCAGAGAGGAGAGCUGUGUGAAGGAGGAGCUGAAGGAAACAGUUUGACUGUAUUAGUGCCACUACGGACCCCACGUAGACACAUCAGGCACCCAGGAAUGGAUGCUGCUGUGAUUGGAGGGGACAAGUGUUCUUCGAUAAGGGUCCCAGCAUCACAGGUUAAUAAUGUUUGUUGGUUUAGGUGACAUGUAGCAGACUUCUGACAAAUCUGACCAAGAUUUGGGGGUGUCCACCUAUUGGGGAAGACUGUAUAUCUAUCCCCAGCCACUCCCUGGGGGUAAUGCAUGCGUUUGGGAAAUGAGUGGAGAGAACAGGAGGAUUGACCCAAAUCUGCUGUACGCUAUGCUAUUUACUAUAAAAUGGUACAACGUUUUCACUCUGUAACUCAACACUAAGGGAUAAUCCUGCCCUGUUGAUUGUGAGCCUUCAGAAAUGUUUAAUGCUUGAUGUGUGGUUUGGGAAGCAGGGAUUUUUUUGACAACAACUUUACUGAGGCAUAUCUUACAUAUAAAAUUCACCCAUUUCAAGUUAUUUUAGUAAGUUUCCUGAGUGGUAGGAAACCACCAUAACCAUACUCACCUUUACAACAUUUUCAUCCUCCUCCCACCCCCAGAUCCUUCGUGCUCUUUUACAUGAUAAUCCCUUAUAUUUCUGUCUCUAUAAAUUUGCCUUUUCUGGGCAUCAUAUCAAUGGAAUCCUACAAACUGUGGUCUCUUAUAUCUGGCUUUUCUCACUUAGCAUAUUUUUGAGUUUCAUCCAUGAAGUAUAUAACUUGCGUUGGUAGUUUCUUCCUUUAUAGUGCUCGGUAGUAUUCCAUUGACGGAUAUACCACAGUUUGUCAGCAGGUAAUCUUUUAAACUUGGAUUUCAGCCUCCUGUGUUCUGAACAGAACCCUCAGAACACAGAACUCCUAGGGAAGCUGCUGUGCAUGUCAAAGGAACUGCUUACCAGAACCAGCUUCGUCACCAGAAGCUCCACAUGAGGAGCCUCGACUGCAGAAAUUUUUAUAAUUUUGCAACUUCUUUUUUAUAAGGAACUUUCGUGCUGUCUACACAUCAGGACUUUUGAAACAUCUGAUAAUUUAAUGAGUAUGUUUUGAGUGGACACAAAAGUGAAACCAUCUGUACUCUGUUGGUAUUUGAUCCUCUUGAACUGGAUGGAGGGGAUCUCUGAACUUUCUGAAUACAGUAUUGUCUCCAUUACAAAGUUGAGCAUGUAUUAAAGAUUGUGCUGCCUCUGUUGGAUGGAUUUGGAGAAGACAGCCAGCAGAGGAGGUCUCGAGAAAGGGAGGGGAGCCUGUGGAGCAAGAAGCCCUGAGGGUCUACGCGUGGCUCACCCAUCUGGUGGUGUGGAUGGCAUAGUGCUGAUGGUGCCCCGCGGCAGCUUAGUGCAAUGUCUUGACUUUGGACUGUGAUCCGCGUUUCACAAGUGUUUAAAAGCUGUUUUUGUUCCCUCCCCCUCCCCAAAUAAACAUUACAGGGUAGUUACUAAUACUUCUUUGGGGGAGGGGGAGGGCUUUAAAAUUGAAAAUGAUUUUCAUAAAAAUAUAAAAAAUGGGAAAAAAGUUACUUUUUAAAAAUUUUGCUAUACAAACCAAAUGGCAGCUGUGGAAAGUCUCAAUAAAAUGAGAAUAAAUUGCA